AUGAACAGGGCCGGACUACUUUUAGAUUUUUCCUUCUCUUCCGUUAUUCUUCUGUUUCGUUUCGAUAUCUACUGUACGCUUCUACAACUCCUCUCUGCCGCCCCUCUCUCUCGCGACGUCUCCGUCGUCUCCGCGCUCGUCCCCGCGGACGCGCUCGACGUCGCCGCCGAUCGAAGCCGCCGCGUCGUCCCCCACCCCACCGUCCCCGCCCCCGCCGGCGGCGUCCGCCUCGCGACACCGCGCCAACCGCGCCGCGUUCCUCUCGACGACGCGCGCGCUCACCCCGCGUCGUUCCCUCGCGCUGAGCGCGUCCCAGUUCGAUAUCCGCCGCAUCGUGCAGUCGUCGUUCACGAUGAUCGGGCCGAGAUCCUCGAGGGCGACUCUCUCGCCGAACCGAACGCGCCGCCGCGGGCCGCCGCCGCCGCCGUUGUCGUCGUCGCCGACGCCUCCCGGCUCGAGGACGGGGAUCCCGCCCGCGGCGUCGUCCGCGCCGUCGGACGGCGGCGGCGACGAUGGCGACGACGACGACGCGACGACGACGCGCGCCGUCGCCGCGACGAGCGUCAACGCGAGGAGGAGGAGGAGCGAAAGGAGGAGCGACGACGACGACGACGGCUUGGAGCACCGAGACGACCGCGUCGAUCGCGAUCUCGCGGUUCCGUCCUCGCGCCGCGCCCGGCCCGACGGAGAAGACAUCGAGUGACGACGACGACGACGACGACGCGCGCCGUGCCGUCCACCGCGCGCGCCGUCGCGCCGCGGCGGCGAAGACGGCGCCGGGACGCCCCGCGCGGCGUUCGGUCGUUGUGA